AUUUCUUUGGGAAUAUCAGAUUAACAAAAUCUGCUUGCACAUUGUUGACGUUCUGCUUUUAUUCCCCUCAGCGGGGUUCCGCCAUGGUCGAAAGAGUUUCUGGAUUCUUCUUCGAGAACACGUAAACCAAUUCCUCCGAUACAUAUAUAGAAAGAGAAAACGCUCGUAGGUUAUAGAAGAUUGAGCGUCGGAGAGAAAGAGAGGGAGAUGGGGAACCACAAAGUGAAGUGGACGUCGGAGGAAGAAGGAGCCCUAAAAGCCGGUGUGGCAAAGCACGGAACCGGAAGGUGGAAGAACAUCCUCAGGGAUCCUGAAUUCGCGCGCUUUUUGACUAAUCGCUCCAACAUCGAUCUCAAGGAUAAAUGGCGAAAUAUGGGUUUUAGCACUGCUGCGCAAGGCUCUAAAGAUAAAUCCAGAUUUUCUCGUGCAAGACCAAAGACAAUAAGUGCACUUGCACUUUCUACUGUUCAAACUCCUUUGGCUAUUACUUCAGCACCCGAGAAUGACGCCAUCGAUGGUUCUCUCGAAAGCCCACAAGGAAGCAAGAAUGCUCCGAAGUAUAAUGAUAUGAUUUUUGAAGCAUUAUCAUCCUUGAAGUGUUCAAAUGGAUGUGAUCUUGGUGUCAUUGUGGGAUUUAUUGAGCAACGACAUGAAGUACCACAAAAUUUUAGAAGGUUAUUAAGUUCCAAGCUGCGAAGACUUGUUUUAAAAGGAAAACUCGAAAGGGUCCAGAAUUGCUAUAAAAUUAAGGAUGCAACAUUAGAAACCGAAAUAACUACUCCAAAACAAAAAGAUGUCUUGCCAAGGCCAGUCCCAAAUUCAGCUGUAAAAGUGUCCUGUGAAACAAUGGAAGAAGCUGUUAGGAUUGCUGCUUACAAGAUUGCUGAUGCAGAAGAGAAGUCUUUUUUGGCGGCUGAAGCAGUUGAUAAUGCAGAAAGGUUGUCAAAAAUGGCUGAGGAUGCUGAGUCAAUGUUACAACUCUUCAAAGAGAUCUAUGAACAAUGUUCACGAGGUCAAAUUGUUCUCUUGGCUUGAUCAGUCAGAGCAACGGAUUGUAUAUACAGCUCAUUGAGAUGAGACGAUUUUCAUUUUCUGAUAGCAGUGGGUUCACAGGAUGCCAGAACCAACUUAUUUUUUUUUAUUUGUAGUAGUAUACUUGAGAAAAAUUGUGGCCACACCUGAAGCUUCAGACGUCACGGUCAUUAAUAUCUGGUGUAUCCUACCCAUCUAAGUUCUGUAGUACAGGCUAUAGGUUACCCUUACAUUUAAGUUUUGCUAGUUUCUGUUCAUAGCUUUGCUAAUGAUUUUUCCUGUCUUUUUAAGCGGAGAGAAGACAAUAUGGAUGGAGGAGUUAAUUUUGAGGGGUAUAGGUAAUCAGCCAGCUUCUUGGGGGUAUCUGUUUGUUUUCCAACUACUCAGCAUGCUAGUCUUUCAACUAGUUUCUAUUGUGGUUACCUUUGUGCAUCUGGCUAAUUGGCUAUGUUGACUAUAUAUUUGAUCUGAUGCACAACAUGUAUUAAAUUAGCUCUUGAGUUACCUCUUA